ACAGGAAGGCACAGAGCAUGGAGAAUGAUGAACUUCCGUCAGCAGAUGGGAUGGAUUGGAGUGGGACUCUAUCUGUUAGCAAGUGCAGCAGCAUUUUACUAUGCUUUUGAAAUCAAUGAGACUUACAACAGACUGGCUUUAGAACACAUUCAACAGCACCCGGAGGAGCCCCGGGAAGGAACUACAUGGACACACUCCUUGAAAGCUCGGUUACUUUCUCUGCCUUUUUGGUUGUGGACAGUUAUUUUUCUCAUACCUUACUUACAGAUGUUUUUGUUUCUUUAUUCUUGUACAAGAGCUGACCCCAAAACUGUGGGCUACUGUAUCAUCCCCAUAUGCUUGGCAGUUAUUUGCAAUCGCCACCAGGCAUUUGUCAAGGCUUCUAAUCAGAUCAACAGACUCCACCUGAUUGACACAUGAAAUCUGUGUCCAUUUUUCCUUAUGAUUACAAAACUGCCAGUGCUUUAUGGAGUCUGAUCACAAGACUACAGUUUCUCCACAGAUCUCAGGAAGUUGUGGUAGGGUAGAGGCUUUUUAAAUGUGACAUGGGAACUAUAUCUGAAUAAUGACUUUUUAGGUAAAGCCUGACAGAACAUACAAAAUCAUGUCGGUGACUUCAGAUUUUGGAAGUAAAAUUGUGUCUUUGUUGUUUGCAGUCCUUAGAAACUUGAAUAAGU